UUGUUACUAUCCCUUCUUAUCACCUCCACAUUUUUAAGUUUCUAUAAAAUCAUUAUAAUUAUGAUAUUGUUUCUGAAAAGUCCCUGAAGUUUCUUCAACACCCCCCCCCCCCCCGAAGACUCAAUAAGCACAAAUUUAUAAAAAGCCUACUAAAAUCAUUAACAAUUUAAACCAAUUUGGUGUUUCUUGAUUAGUUACAAAGGAUUUUAUGUCAUAGGAACAUAACAUUGUUGUUGUGACAUUGUGGGUCAGAAUCUUUGUGUUUUUUUUCUUUUCUUCAUUCAUGGGGUUGUUCUUAGCUUAGCAGACAAGCAUUUAAAGGAACAGUUUUUUUUUUCCAAUCAACUUUUAACAUUUCUUGAUAGUGUAGGAAAGUUGUCAUCAUAAAUUGGCUUCAAUUUCUCAGUAUGAACAAAGACUUGUUGAGAAUGAAGACUAAAAAGCCAAAUGGAAAUGGACUUUCCUCUUCAGGAUGGGAGAUGAGGCCAGGAGGAAUGUUAGUACAAAAGAGAAGUUCUGAUUCAAAUCAAAGUUCAACUGUUGUUCCAAUAAUUAGACUCAAAGUCAAAUAUGGUUCAUCUUAUCACGAAGUCAAAAUCAGUUCACAAGCAACUUUUGGGGAGAUGAAGAAAAUGCUGGCAGGACCAACUGGAUUACAUACUGAAGAUCAGAAAAUAUUUUACAAGGAGAAAGAAAGAGAUUCAAGAGGUUUUCUUGAUGUUUCUGGUUUAAAAGAUGGAUCAAAACUUUUACUAAUUGAGGAUGAAAUAAGCAGAGAAAAAAGGUAUCUUGAAUCAAGAAGAAAUGCAAAAAUGGAGAGUGCAUCAAAGGAAAUCACAUCAAUUAGAGUUGAAAUUGAUAAGCUAGCUAAACAGGUUGCCCAUGUUGAAAUGGACAUUUAUGGUGGCAAAAAAGUAACAGAGACUUUGCUAUUGAGUUUAAUUGAAUUGUUGAUGACACAAUUGAUUAAGUUAGAUGGAAUUACUGCUGAUGGUGAUCUCAAAUUGCAGAGAAGAAUGCAGGUGAAAAGGGUGCAAAAAUACAUAGAGACUCUAGACAUGUUGAAAAUAAGAAAUUCAGCACUUGGAAAUCACAAUGUCAAAGUGCCAAUGCACCACAAAAAUAGAAUAGCCACAGGACAAAUGCCAAAAUCAAUUUAUUAUCAGCAAGAACAAAGGAAAAUGGGAAAUGGAGAUUUUGCUGAUCAAAGAAGCCCAGGGCCAGUUGUGGUGACAACAAAAUGGGAAACUUUCUAAGAAUUGAUAAAUAAAUAAAAAAGCCUAAGGAAUAUUAGUGUGAAAAAAAUAUUCAGAUUGCAUAUUUUCAGUGGCUUUGGUGGAAAGGGUAUAAAGUUAGGGGGUACAGAAAUAAAUUUUGGUUUGUGAAUUCAUUUGCCUUCAUUCUUUUCCCAUUUAGAUUUUUGACCCCAAUUGUUCUUGGGGUUAAAUGAUCAUGUGGUGAUAUGUUAUGUGGCCUUUGAAUUCCAAGAUGUAUAAAUGUAUAUAUAAUGCCAGCACCUGCUGAAUUAGAUAAGAUUAUGGUUCUAUUUGAAUUUCUUAUUUAAUAAAUGGAAUACUAAUUUAGCAAUCAUAAAUUGAUUGAAUUGAAUC